GGGCUCGCGAAAGGCUGACGGGCACGAGCUCGCAGCCAAUCGCGCGUCGGGAAUCAGCUGACUCGCGCGGACAGCGCCAGGUGCUCCUCGCGCGUUCAGUAAACUGAGCGGCGUCGCGCGGGCGGUUAGUGAUGAGCGAAGGAACUGCGAGCGGCGACGGGAGGAUUUCGUCUGUUUGCAGCACCACGGCUUUUAUUCCAUUUUGCCGAUUCUUACUGAAUGCAUGCGUGGUUUAAACUAAGCGGAACGUUUCAUUUCUUACGCUUUACGUCUGCAACGUCGCGCUGGUCCAGUCUUAAGAGAUCUUUUCUUCUGCGCAUCGUUUUUUUUCUCCUCACACCUGCGUAGUGUGACGAGCUCUUACUCGUGGGAGUCCCUGCAAAGAGGUCGCUGCCAUGCUGCUGAGGCCUGUCCUCUAGUCUGGUGGAAACUUGAGAAAAAAGGGAUUCCCAGAAGUGGAAGCAAGACAUUGAAUCAUUGCUGGCUACUUAUAUUUUGAGCUGCUCUCUCUUUUUGGAAUUAAAAUACGAAUGAGCACUUCUGGCUGAAGAGAGUGGCACAUCUUUUCUCAAGGGCACUCUGUCCAGGAUUAUUUCCUUUUUUUUCUCACAGGGAACUGAUAGACAGGACAGUAUGAGUGCAGCUGUUGCUCAUUCUUUGCAGUACCAGCUAUGUUUGGGGCUGCUGCUGGCACUAGCGGAACUAUCUUCCGUGCAAAGCAGCCAGUGUCCACACCUGUGCGUGUGUGAGAUCCGGCCCUGGUUUACACCUCAGUCCACCUACAGGGAAGCCACCACAGUGGACUGUAAUGACCUGCGUCUUACCCGCAUCCCCAGCAACCUGUCCACCGACACACAGGUGCUGCUCCUGCAAAGCAACUAUAUUGCUAGGACCAAUGAGGAGCUGGAGCUGCUUUUCAACCUCACCGAGCUGGACCUUUCCCAAAACAACUUUAGCAGCAUCCAAGAUGUGGGCUUGAUCAAUAUGUCGCAGCUGACUACAUUGCACCUAGAGGAGAACCAGAUCUCAGAGAUGCCUGACUACUGUCUGCAGGACCUCACUAAUUUGCAGGAGCUGUACAUAAACCACAACCAGAUCAGCUCCAUUUCAGCCAAUGCCUUCUCUGGCCUGCAGAAUCUGUUGCGCCUUCACCUCAACUCAAACAAGCUGAAGCUUAUUGAUAGCCGAUGGUUUGAGUCCACUCCUAAUCUGGAGAUCCUCAUGAUUGGAGAAAACCCUGUCAUUGGCAUUCUAGACAUGAAUUUCAAGCCGUUGGUUAACCUAAGAAGCCUGGUGCUUGCUGGCAUGGAGCUGACUGAUAUUCCAGCAAAUGCACUUGUGGGUUUAAACAGUUUAGAGAGUCUCUCAUUUUAUGACAACAAACUUGUCAGAGUUCCACACCUUGCUCUACAGAAAGUUCCUAAUUUGAAAUUUUUAGAUUUGAAUAAAAAUCCUGUCCACAAAAUUCAGGAAGGAGACUUUAGAAAUAUGCUUCGUUUAAAAGAGCUUGGUGUGAAUAAUAUGGUAGAGCUGGUCUCCAUUGACCGCUAUGCGCUUGAUAACCUCCCAGAGCUGACUAAAUUGGAAGCCACCAACAACCCCAAGCUUUCUUAUAUCAAUCGUCUGGCGUUUCGGGAUGUCCCAUCUCUUGAAAGCCUCAUGCUGAACAACAAUGCCUUGAAUGCACUUUACCAGAAGGCUAUAGAGUCACUCCCCAAUCUGCGCGAGAUCAGUAUUCACAGCAAUCCUCUGAGGUGUGACUGUGUCAUUCAGUGGAUGAACUCUAACAAAACAAGCAUUCGUUUCAUGGAGCCCCUCUCUAUGUUCUGCGCUAUGCCACCAGAGUACAGAGGCCGACAUGUACGUGAGGUGCUAUUGCAGGACCCUUCCGACCACUGUCUGCCAAUGAUCUCUCAAGACACCUUCCCCAACCACCUUAACCUGGACAUUGGUAUGACUGUUGACUUGGACUGCCGUGCUAUGGCUGAACCUGAGCCAGAGAUCUACUGGGUGACACCACUUGGGAACAAAGUCACAGUAGAUACCUUCUCUGAUAGGUACCAGCUGAGUAACGAGGGUACUUUGCGCAUCUCUCAUGUGCAGGUAGAGGACUCGGGCCGGUAUACUUGUGUUGCCCAAAAUACCGAAGGUGCUGACACACGGGUUUCUACGAUACGAGUCAAUGGGACCCUGCUGGACAGCAUACAGGUCAUGAAGAUCUAUGUAAAGCAGACAGAGUCUCACUCAAUCCUGGUGUCCUGGAAGGUCAACUCUAACGUUAUGACCUCCAACCUGAAAUGGUCUUCGGCAACCAUGAAGAUUGACAACCCGCACAUCACAUACACAGCAAGAGUCCCAGUGGAUGUCCAUGAGUACAACUUGACCCACCUGCAGCCCUCCACAGAGUAUGAGGUGUGUCUUACAGUCUCCAAUAUCCAUCAGCAGACUCAAAGGUCUUGUGUCAACGUCACCACAAAGAAUGCUGCCUUUGCAAUAGAUAUUUCAGAUCAAGGAACCAACACUGCCCUGGCAGCUGUUAUGGGGACAUUGUUUGCCAUCAUCAGUCUAGCAUCCUUUGGAUUAUACAUCACUAAGAGGUGGAAAAGAAAGAACUACCAUCAUUCUUUGAAGAAGUACAUGCAAAAAACCUCAUCUAUUCCCCUGAACGAGCUUUAUCCUCCCCUCAUUAAUCUGUGGGAGGCAGACAGCGAGAAGGACAAAGAGGGAUCCUUGGAGAACAAACCCACCCAGGUAGACACAACACGGAGUUACUACAUGUGGUAAAUCCCCAAGACUUUGCUUCCAGUAGCACAAAGACACACUUUUGCAUUUUUGUGCAAAAGUUAAAAAGUAAGAAAAAAAAAAAAGGCAAUUUUUUGUAUUUUUAGCUUUGCUAAUUUGAGGCAGAGUGGUAAAAAACAAGAUUAUUUUUUUUUAGUAUAGCGUAUCGCCUUUUUUGGACACACAAUACGGAAACAUUGUUUAUCUUAGUUGCUGUGCUUUAAUUUUGUGAGGUGCUUCUUUAAUUGCACAGCUUUUGUGAAGCACUCUUGUUUAGAGUCAGCUAACACAGCAAUGAGCACUGAAGUCCUUCCUUGUCCAGCAGGUCAUUGAGAUUGCAAAGUUUCUUUCUUUCUUAUAAAACAGUUUAACUGUUGUCCACUGAAACAUUAACAAGUUUUGUUUAUGGACUUAUUUCAAAGCUGACAAAGGAGAUUAGACUUGAUAUACUGUCUAUGUUAGCAACUGUCCUGUAAUGUUGUAUCAACUAUAAUUUCAACUUUGGGAUUUUAACAAAAAAAAUUUCCAAAAUUACUUUGCAUAUAUGAAUAUUGUUUAGGAGCAAUAGAAAUGUGAAUGUUUGAUAACAUAGUUACUAGGUAAAUGGUCAGCUAAGCUUUUCACUUAAUUAUUCUUCCUUAGUUUUUCUUUUUAAUUUGCUAGGAUUUGUCAGUCAUCACGUUAUGUGAUUUA